UUUGAAAUAGGCUGGGUUUUUGUGCUAAUCAGUGAUGAUGAAAUGUUGCUCAAAUAAUCAAAUAGAGGGAAAGAGAAACUAACGUUUGAGCACUAGUUGCUGGAGCAGCAGGCACAACAGAAUAAAGGAAGCAACGUUGUGCUGUCUGAUUGAGUUCCACUCCAGGCCUGGAGAGUUCUGUACACUCCUUUACCUCAGGGUGUCCAACCACUCCGAUCAUCAGAGACAUUCUUCAUCGCACGCAUUAAGCAAAGUGCAAACAUCCUACACACCUGUCUGAUUCAUCACAAGCAGCAUCAUGUUCAGCCAGGAUUUCUUUCAGAAGUUGACUUUGCCAGAUUUGGAUAAUGUAACUCAGUGCAUCAGGGGUCUGUCCAGGUCCACAGUAAUCAGCAUGGGGGCCAUAGCGGCUGCAACUACCUAUUACGUGGCGAUGCGACCAAAGGCCUUGCCCCCCAUCUGUGACCUCCAGAUGCAGUCAGUGGAGAUUCCGGGAGGAGAAUUUAUACACCAAUCAGUUCUGCUGAACGGAGACAACCUCUUGACACAUUUCUAUGACGAUGCAAGAACGCUGUACGAGUUCUUUUUGAGAGGUGCCCGCGUAUCCAAUGAUGGUCCUUUUCUGGGCUCCAGGAAACCCAAAUGUGCAUAUGAAUGGAUGUCCUACAAAGAGGUGAUGGAGAGAAGUGAAAAUCUUGGUUCUGCUUUCCUUCACAAACAACAUUCCAAGACCACUGACGCAAACAUUGGCAUCUUCUCUCAAAACAGACCAGAGUGGACCAUCAUUGAGCUGGCAUGCUACACUUACUCGCUGGUAUCAGUGCCUUUGUACGACACACUUGGAGCAGAAGCCAUCAACUACAUUAUUGACAAAGCUUCCAUCUCAACAAUAGUGUGUGACGUGGCAGAUAAAGUCAAAAUGGUUCUUGAAUGUGUAAAGGACAGAAAGCACACUGUAAAAACCAUUGUCAUGAUGGCGACUCCCAGUGAUGAGCUUGUCGGCCGAGGCGAGCUGGCUGGAAUCCACAUCCUCAGCCUGCGAGAGAUGGAGGCAAUUGGGAAAGCUAACUAUCGCCGACCUGUGCCUCCCCAACCUGACGAUAUGGCAGUCAUCUGCUUUACAAGUGGAACAACAGGGAACCCAAAAGGAGCUCUGUUGACACAUGCAAAUAUUGUGUCCAACUGCUCAGCCUUCAUCAAACUCACACAGGUCAACUGUCCACUGGGUCCCGGGGAUGUCCAUGUUUCCUUUCUUCCUUUGGCUCACAUGUUUGAGAGGGUUGUACAGGGAGUGAUGAUAGUUCAGGGAGCUAGAAUUGGAUAUUUCCAGGGUGAUAUUCGUCUACUAAUGGAUGACCUGAGUACACUGAAACCCACUGUGUUCCCUGUGGUACCUCGACUUCUAAACCGAAUGUAUGACAAGAUUUUCGGGCAGGCUAACACUCCUUUGAAGCGUUGGUUUCUGGAUUUUGCAUUCAGGAAGAAGGAGGCAGAGAUGUCCAAAGGCAUCAUGAGGAGAAACAGCAUCUGGGAUCGACUCGUCUUCAAGAAGGUUCAGGCUACUGUAGGCGGUCGUGUGCGUCUCAUGAUAACCGGAGCAGCCCCCAUCUCUCCUGAUGUCCUCACUUUCCUCCGAGCUGCAUUAGGAUGUCAGUUCUAUGAAGGUUAUGGACAGACAGAAUGUACUGCUGGUUGCACCAUGACUAUGCCCGGCGACUGGACUGCAGGUCACGUUGGUGCUCCUCUGCCGUGUAACAACAUCAAACUGGUAGACGUGGCUCAGAUGAACUACCUGGCAAUAAACGGCGAAGGAGAAGUGUGUGUGAAAGGUCCCAAUGUGUUCCUGGGUUACUUGAACGAUCCAGAAAAGACGGCAGAGGCCCUCGAUGCUGAAGGAUGGCUUCACACCGGAGAUAUUGCCAAAUGGCUUCCUAACGGCACCCUCAAGAUCGUGGACAGGAAGAAACAUAUCUUUAAAUUGGCCCAAGGAGAAUAUAUCGCUCCUGAGAAGAUAGAGAAUGUCUAUGUAAGGAGUGACGCAGUGGCACAGGUGUUUGUGCAUGGUGACAGUCUGCAGGCUUAUCUUGUAGCAGUGGUGGUCCUAGACCCUGACUUCCUAUCUGCAUGGACGAAGAGGACCAUGAAAGUAGACGGCAGCUACGACGCGCUUUGCAGCAGAGCGGAUGUCAAGGCGGCCAUCUUGAAGGACAUGGUACGACUUGGCAAGGAGUCUGGCCUGAAAUCCUUUGAGCAGGUGAAAGCUAUUUACAUCCACAGCGAGAUGUUCUCCGUCAACAACGGCCUGCUCACGCCAACGCUGAAAGCCAAGAGGAACGAACUAAGACAAUACUUUCGAUCUCAAAUAGACGAGCUGUACGCUGGCAUCAACAAGUCGUAGAGAGGCGGACACAGAAGUGCCGUCAGGAGCAAGGAAAAUGUGACCAAACUCACUCCCAACUGAAUUGUCUUAGUUUAUACCUCAUAGUGAUGAUGUUGCUUUUAUGGAAUAUUUUAUUAUUGGCAGACACCAAUUCUUAAUUCAAGUAUCUUCAGAUCAGAAUCUCUGUGUGACAUAGAUUGUACACACACGAAUGUACCUUUCAUUUUGCUUCCUUCAAAUAUAUUCUUUGAGGGCAUUUUAAAAGGAAAUGAUAGUGAGUGUGAUAAAAUAAUUUAAAAAAAUGUUCACUUGAAACAAAUAAUCACUUGCACCACUCAGCAAAUUCAAUGUAACACUUUUUUGUGUAGUCGUGUGUUUUUUGGAUGAUCUUGUGGCCAUGAAAGACAGAGGCUACUGACAUAAGGAGCCAUAAUUACUAAACACUCGAUGUGUGCCUCAGGAACUGAAUAACAAAGAAUUGUUUUAUUAUAUUUUUUAACUAAAAUGAAGUGAAUGUGAUCAUUUCUUUGAAAUCAGAAGACUUCCAGUCAUUCACAACCACUUUAUUAGUCUUGAUUUAUUGAUUGUGUCGUGUUUUUGUUGUAUCAAAUGUAUUUUGUAAAUAAAUGAAUUAAAACAAUUUUAAAGAUUUAUAAAA